UUGCAGAAGACAGAGUUGGACUGUGUGAACGUCCAGUGUGAGAAUGAAGAUCACUGUGUGUUUCCUGCUGUUGCUGCUGGUCUGCUCCGUCUCCACGGGUAAGCCUAAGACCAACAGCGUCAGAGUCCAACAGCCCUUUCCACAGGACCUCCGCACUGUGCUGAGAGAGAUGACCUCCUCCCUGGCCGUACUGAAGGUGGAGAUGACGUCCUUACAGGAAGUGAAUCAAGCAUCUGCAGCGAAGCUGAAAGAGCUGGAGAAGCAGGAGGCUGUGGUGGCGCAGCAGGAGGCUGAGAUCAAAAUGCUGAAGCAAAAUCUGAAAGCCCAACAGGUGGCUUUCUCAGCCUCUCUGGUGUCUGAAGGCUCGCAAACCAUCGGACCCUUCAACACACACACCACUCUGAUCUUCAAACAUGUCUUGACAAACAUUGGAAGUGCCUACGAUCCAAACACAGGUAUGUUCACUGCACCGGUGAGAGGAGUUUACCACUUUGAGUGGCACAUAGGUGUGCAUGGAUCCACUACAGCUGCCGUGUUGGUCAAGAACACAAACCACAUUUUUGCAGCAUCUGAGCAUCAGAGCUCUCAUUACGGGAGUACUUCUCAAGGUGCUGAGCUGCUUCUGGAGGCUGGAGAUGUCGUGUUUGUGCGUUUGUGGAAGUCUACAAAGAUCGCAUCUCAAAACUAUGGUGCCCCAUAGAGGACAAAUUCACCAGGAAAUAAAGGGGCGCAACUACGACACCCAGUGGAUUAACUCGGCUACUGCCCCACAUACUGAGAGCAAGAUUAUCAGUUAAACCACAUUUACUCCUGGUUCCUGCCUGUCUCCAGACGUUACAUAUCCAGUCCGUCAAACCUGACUCAGAAGAGAACAGCAGAACCUACCUGCAGCCGACAUUACAACAGCCCAUUGGACAAAAUACAGCGUCUCACUCCUGAUGGCUUUCAUUCCUUGUUUGGUUCCAAAAUAAAACUAUAGUUUAUGUUGGUGUCGAUCGAUCAGACACAAUCAAUGACGGCCUGAAAAGCAGCUCGGCACAGGGACGUGUCUGGAGCAAUGUCCACAGAGACUCUGAGGGCUGUUUCACAGUUAAAUAUAUUGUCUCCUGAAUAUAACAGAGUUAGAAAUCUCUGAUGUGAAAUGAACAGAAACAUGUGAUUUUUAGCAGAUCAUUUUAUUUUCAUGUAGGAUCCAAUCGAUCAGAGUGAAAAGCUGUUUGAUUAACAGAUGUUCAGGGUCAGGAAAUAUCUGAUUGUGCUUGUUGAACUAAGCAGCUGCUUCGAAAAAUGCGUGCACGUCCCUGACAUCCAUCUACACGCCUCUUUUUUCUCUGCUACAUAAAGAUCACGCAGGUUCGCAGAAGACAGAGUUGGACUGUGUGAGCGUCCAGUGUGAGAAUGAAGAUCUCUGUGUGUUUCCUGCCGUUGCUGCUGCUCUGCUCCGUCUCCACGGGUCAGCAUGACACCGCUUCACUGAACGCCAACGCUCUGCUGAAAGAGCUGAUUCUCUCCGUGGACCAACUGCAGAAGGACAUGGCGUCCUUACAAAACAAGGUUCAAGCCCAACAGGUGGUUUUCUCAGCCUCUCUGUUGUCUGAUGGCUUGAAGGCCAUCGGACCCUUCAACAAACACACUGCUCUGGUCUUCAAACAUGUCUUGACAAACAUGGGAAGUGCCUACGAUCCGACCACAGGUGUGUUCACUGCACCGCUGACAGGAGUUUACCACUUUGAGUGGCACAUAGGUGUGCAUGGAUCCAAUACAGCUGCCGUGUUGGUCAAGAACACAAACCACAUUUUUACAGCAGUCGAGCAGCAGGAGUCGGGCUACGGGAGUUCUUCUCAAGGCGCUGCGCUGCGUCUGGAGGCUGGAGAUGACGUUAGUUUGCAUCUGUGGGCGAACAAUUCGAUAUAUGACAAUCAGAAUCACGUUAGCACCUUCAGUGGUCACCUGCUUUUCAUCGUGUGAGAGGGAAACACUCACUCUUUUUAUCCACAAUAUGGAAAUGAAGAUGUUUUUCAUCUGGAUCUUGAUCUGUAUGAAAAUGAUAGAUAAUAAUGAUUACGCUGAAUCUUAAGUCUAAAGUGUUUAAUUUUUCUGAUUCACUGUCACUUGAAUUAAAGGAUGAACAUAUUGUAAUACAA